GUCCCAGCGUGGAGGUGGAGGUGGCGGCGACGCUGAAAUGCUGCGGAGCCCGCGCGCGAGUGCUCAGCACGCAGGAGUUUGCGGCGGACCCGCAGCCAGAGCUCUGCGGAGUAAGGAGCGGCUGCGGGCGGCGUGCAUGUGCCGGGAAGGCCGGCCCCGGGCUCUGCGCUAGGCGAGAGCCUUGCCCUCCCGCCGAGGACCUGGCGAGGUCAGCCGGCGUGGCGACUGCGGGGACGCGGACCUGCGGGGACCCGAGCGCCCGGGACGACGCCGGGCCGCGCGCCUGACGACCGGGACGGGACGGUGCUGUGGAGCGGGGGCCGCGCGCACCCGGCGGAUGUCCCGGAGCCGCCCUCGGCCGCCGCCAACCGCGGAGAAGCGCCCCUGCCCGGGGGCCGCCGAGGCCGCAGCGCGGGCUAUGAGCGCCCGGCCGCCCCGCCGCGCUUGAUGCGGCGCGCACCCCGCCCGAUCGGCGCCCCGGGCCGGCGCCGCGGAGGCCGAGGAUUUCCGAUGCUUGCCAGGUUUCCGCUGACUGCCGGAAUUGGAGAUCACUCCACAUGGAUCCCCCAAGCCAGCAUGGCAGCCACACUUCCCUAGUGGUGAUUCAGCCACCGGCUCUGGAAGGCCGGCAGAGGUUAGACUAUGACCGGGACACUCAGCCUGCUGCGAUUCUGUCCCUGGACCAGAUCAAGGCCAUCAGAGGCAGCAACGAAUACACAGAGGGACCUUCAGUGGUGAGAAGACCAGCUCCUCGCACUGCACCAAGACCCGAAAAGCAGGAAAGGACUCAUGAAAUCAUACCAGCCAAUGUGAAUAACAGCUACGAGCACCGACCUGCCAGCCACUCCGGCAAUGCCAGGGGCUCGGUGUUGAGCAGGUCAACCAGCACCGGAAGCGCCGCCAGUUCAGGGAGCAGCAGCAGCGCCUCUUCUGAGCAGGGCCUCUUGGGAAGGUCUCCGCCCACCAGGCCCAUCCCCGGUCAUAGGUCAGAUAGGGUCAUCCGGACCCAACCCAAGCAGCUGCUUGUGGAGGACUUGAAGGGUUCCUUGAAAGAGGACCCCACCCAGCACAAGUUCAUUUGCGAACAGUGUGGCAAGUGCAAGUGUGGAGAGUGUACAGCCCCCCGGACUCUGCCCUCCUGCCUGGCCUGCGACCGGCAGUGCCUCUGCUCCGCGGAGAGCAUGGUGGAGUACGGGACCUGCAUGUGCCUGGUCAAGGGCAUUUUCUACCACUGCUCCAAUGAUGACGACGGGGGCUCUUACUCGGAUAACCCAUGCUCCUGUUCGCAGUCGUACUGCUGCUUCAGAUACCUGUGCAUGGGAGCCCUGUCUUUGUGCCUCCCCUGCUUGCUCUGCUACCCGCCCGCCAAGGGCUGCCUGAAGAUGUGCAGGGGUUGUUACGACUGGACCCACCGCCCUGGCUGCAGGUGUAGAAACUCCAACACUGUCUAUUGUAAGCUGGAGAGCUGCCCCUCCAGGGCUCAGGGCAAGCCUUCAUGAUUUCUGGAGGUGGCUUAGACCUCCGGAGCGCCUGACUUCCGAACUGUGGCUGUUCAGAAACGUGGUAUUUCUUCUCGAGUCUCUCCUGUCUCUGUAGGAGCGGAUGGUGAUACUGCGCCCAGCUCGCUCUCACCCCACGUCAAGGGUGCUGGGAGCUGGGGGUACCUGUGGAGCGUUGGUGUGAUGCCAGCUUUCCAGCUGUGUCCAGCGAGGAUGCAUGCACGCCCAGACUUGGCUGAGAGAUGUUCGGGGUCGGGUACUGUGGGAUCAGGGACUUGGUUUGGUUUAUUACAAAGUAACCAUGUAAGUGCUUAAGUAAGCUAUAUAUUAAUCUGCCUCUGAUGAGAGCUAUCUUAGCCCCCAUCCCCCAGUCAAAGGGGAGGAUCUGCUCCUUAGAACACCGUUUGCUCUGCGGACAGCUUGCUGCCCUCUCCUUCCAGCCCCCAGAUUCUCCCCACAGUGCACUGUGGAGAUGCCAGUGGGUAGUCCCCCCCCCCUUCCCACCCUUUCUGCCUUAGAUCUAGAUCCACCCUGCAAUGUUGGUUUUCACAUUGGAGAUGAUGCUGGCUAGUCCGCCCUGUUCCUCCUAGCAUCCUGUGUCUGUGAAGGACUUCCCACCCCCACUUCGCUGAGGGCAGAGCUAACUGUAGUUGAAAUUCCUGUCUGGUCCGCCCCUAGGCCUCUGAGAGCUACAGUCCCCUAAGGUGCCCUUGGCCUCUGACUGGCCUUUUGACUCUAAACAGCUGGGUGUUUCCAAUCCUUCCUGUGUUUUCAUUGCCUUAGCCACAAAUUGUGGUGCUUUUUGUAUAUUAUAUGUGUAAACCACAAAGUUGAAUCCUGGCUAUUUUUAAGACAAAAGUCUGUUAAACUUUUUUAUUGUAAAGAAUAUUUAUUAUGCGAAUCUCUAUUAUUUUAUGAUAUUUAUUGCAAAAGACUGUUGAAGUGUACUCAUAUCUGAAUAUAACAUAUCACUACUUCAUGAGAAACAAGAUGACUCGAAGAAAGUACAUAAAGUACAUAUAUUGUUAACUACAAUGCAGAAAAUAUAUUAACUAAUGAAACCGUC